GCCGGGCUGUUGACGUCAUCACUGCGCCGCGCGGCAGAAACAGGAAGUGGGACCAAAACAAAGGAGCGGUGCCGGGAGCGGAACUCCGUCCUCCUGCGUCUCUGCCGCGCAGACCCCGGCCCCAGCCGCAGACCCGAAGAGCCGACCGACCAUGUCCAACAUGGAAAAACACCUGUUCAACCUGAAGUUCGCGGCCAAAGAGCUGAGCAGGAGUGCCAAGAAAUGCGACAAAGAGGAAAAGGCCGAAAAGGCCAAGAUUAAAAAGGCCAUUCAGAAAGGCAACAUGGAAGUGGCAAGGAUACACGCGGAAAACGCCAUCCGCCAGAAGAACCAGGCGGUGAAUUUCCUGAGGACGAGUGCGCGGGUGGACGCGGUGGCCGCCCGAGUCCAGACGGCGGUGACGAUGGGCAAGGUGACCAAGUCCAUGGCCGGCGUGGUCAAGUCAAUGGACGCGACGUUGAAGACCAUGAACCUGGAGAAGAUCUCUGCCCUGAUGGACAAAUUCGAGCACCAGUUUGAGACGCUGGACGUGCAGACGCAGCAGAUGGAAGACACGAUGAGCAGCACGACGACGCUGACCACUCCCCAGGGCCAAGUGGAUAUGCUGCUCCAGGAAAUGGCAGACGAGGCCGGCCUCGACCUCAACAUGGAGCUGCCGCAGGGGCAGACCGGCUCGGUGGGCACGAGCGUGGCCUCGGCCGAGCAGGAUGAGCUGUCGCAGAGACUGGCCCGCCUGCGGGAUCAAGUGUGAUGACGGAACCCACCCUGCGGCUUCCCGGCCGCAGCCACCUUCAGGUAUACAGAGAGCCACCUUUGCCCUCUGUAUAUUACGGAGAUACGAUACACUAGAGAUUGAACAUACCUGAAUGCUGAAAUGCUCUCUAUUUAAGAUGCUUCUAUCUUUGGGUUUACGGCGCUCACCAGAUACAUUAAAAAAUGCCCGGCUUUCUCCAUUCUUAACUGAAUUUUAUAGUUCUGUAUAGCUUGUGAUGGUGUGUAUUUUUAUAGCUGCCUUUGACAGAACUAGUUAAUUUGGUGUAUAUGAAUCUUUCUCAAAAAUUUCCUUUAAACUCUAGUUCCCGUGUACGCGAUUUUCUGCGGAGAAUUAAUCAAAUCGAAGGAUUUUUUUUUUAAUUUAGUGUAACUGCUAAUACCUGUAAUUGGCAGGUAAUGCAUAAAAAUUAAAGAGGGGAGAAUAAUUACUUAGUUUGAUUACAGGGCUAUAAACACCUCGUUCAACAUAUUUAAUGGACAGUGCUAUGUCUGUGUAUUCUGUUGCCUUUUUUUUUACUUCCUUUUUGCCAUCAAAGUGAGACUACAAUUGACUAUUUGUUCUCCUAACUUGUUUUGCAUAAUACUCCUAUUGUUUACCUUCUAUAAGUUUUUCAUGUAAUAAUUGCCUUUGCAAAACUGGAUAAAAUGCCAACUUCGUUUAUGGGAAAAAUUGUUCUCUCAUUUUUGUUUGCUGUUUAAAUAGAGUUUUUAAAAAGACUUAACCAGGCUCUCUAACACGUUUCUAGUUAUUUUCCUAUUUCUACCUUGUGUUUUACUUAGGCUUCUUAUAAAGCAUGUUAAGUAGCAUGGCAGUCAUAAUAAUCACUCUAACAUUGCCAAAGAACUGUUGAUUGGUUUGGGAAAACCCUGGGUCUAUGUGUUUGUAGGUUUUGUUUUAUUUUUGACAACCAAAAGUAGAAAUAAAAUUAGAACUGUAUUUUAAGUUCUAAUUACUUGCAUUAUUUAUUGGUCUUAAGCGACAACUCUUAGAGAACCUUGGGAAUAUAAGUUGAAAUAUUUGACUUAACCUGUGCCAAUAACUUAAAUAUACAGCCAGCCAGUUGGAAGUCUGGGAAGAGGGAAAGAGGUGAGAUUGGAGAGCAAGCUUAACUAAAAGGCUAGAGCCCACCUGUACUUCCUUUCGUUUUCCUGGGUAUAGCUGUGUGCUCUCUGGCUGAAAAGUGCAGCAGUAGCCUCAAAAUACGGAGAACAGUGACUUGCUUUUGCAUUGGCAAGUAUAUUUCUCUUAAGUUAAAGACUUAAGGGUUUUUUAACUCUUUUCUCUCACUGCAAGAUUUCUCCAAAAGAGAAUUCCUGUGUUCCAAAAUAUAGGAAUUCUUGUGAGUCAUUUGAAAAAUUAGUAACCAAAUAUUCAUCAUUAUAAUAUAUUUUCCAGUGUGAAUGAGUGUGUUUAAGAAAAAAGUUAUUAACAAGCAGAUGAGAAAUGAUUCUCACAUUUUACACCUCUUGGUUGUCUGCCCAGCAUCUUUUCUCUAGAAAUCUCUCACCCCUUGGUUGUAACAGAAGCAGCCAUGUGUGGGUUCAGAAAGAGUCUUCAGCUGGAAACAAGUAGUUACAACUUAAAAAUAGUUUAGCAUUGAAUCCUUUGGUAAAUUGAAGACCCUUUUAUAGUGCAAAUAUUCCCUAAAAAAUUAAUAUAUUUUGUGAGAUUAAAGAAUGUUUGUAUAUGCUUGAACUUUCUCAAAAUAUGUUCAUUUCAAACUAGCUGAAUGUACAUUUUUAUGAACCAUAAAUAUUAUUUUCAGGAGCACACUAGGCCCAUGAAUUAUUUCCUCACUUUUGCAGUUGUUGAAAUGCUGAAAUGUAAAUCACAGAAAUUUAUCAAAUAAAUAAUUUUAAACUGCA